UAUACACAAGGCAUUCUAAAUUACUGCCUCAACCAGGCAGCUUCAAAAUUGUUCAGAUUUUAAACCUCUUUUUCGGAUCCCCAAGACGGUCAGGCCAACAUGAACUACUGCUGCUGCAGAUCGCACAGCGAUCGCACGGAGCCGAUGGCCUGUCUUCCGCAGUUCCCUCGUCUCCAGCGGGUCCAAAGUUGUAGGCCCUAUUUGGAGGGUCGCAAGGCCGCCAGCAGUUGUGUGUCGUGCGAGAGGCGAUGGGGUCAGAGGAACGGGGGAAUGAUCAACUUGCUGGCCAAUAUGGUGGGCAAAUCGACCAGCACCGUCUGCCAGUUCCUUCAUCAGCUGACCCUGCAGCUCUUCGCGAGAAUCCUGUAUCCCCUGAUGUUGGGCUGGAACACCCUCAAGAUACCUUUCGUCCUGCCCGAUACUUGCGAGCUUUACUACGGCAUAUUCGACGAGUGUGGCAAUUUGAGGAAGCCCAUACCCACCAGGACGUUGCUCAUCCUCAUCUCCAUGAUGCAGUACUUUUUGAACCUGCCCAAGGGAGGCAGGCGGAAUAACAAGUGUCCCGGAUGCAGGGAUAAGAUUGAUGAUCUCAAGAAUAUUCACAAUCCUGGUUAUUGUGGCAAGGAUGCCAUGAUACCAUUUUCGGAACAUAAUGCGAUUGCUGGAAGGGAAAAAUCGCCCGCGAGUGAAGUGUGGGCAGGACUCAGGCGAGUGGGUUACGAGAGGCGUGGCGAUCUGGAGAGCUAUCCCUCGGAUGAGUCUAUACCAUAUGGCUAUGCACCUGCGCGCUGUCCUUGCCAGUCGGGCUUUUAUAACGAUCAGAGGCGCGGACGGGGGAUUACGAAUCCCUAUGCAAAUAUGUCGCCGGAGAUGAGAGCCUUGGCCUGUGAGGAGGAACUGCGAGAUCCCAUGCUGGCUCCCGACUGCAUCCCGAGCUCUCCAGUGGCAAACCUGUCGCCCAAAGCAGCGCAACUGUAUCACAUCAGUCACAUCUCGGAUCUAUAUGCUGCAGUGGUACAAAAUCAACAUUCCAGGAAACUACUUGGAGAUGGAAGGCCACCAAAACCUAGAGUUAGACCCUGCACCGAGAACCGACGCAGAUUCUCCGGUGGUUUCAUGAUGCCCGAACCCUAUUUCAAUGGAAUGCCCUGGAGUUGGCUGCACCGGGAUCCGCAAAGAAUGGUCCGAUUACCAAGUGGAGGUCCCCCCAUGGCAGUUCCUCGUUAUAGACUACAACCAUUGGAUGAAGAUUACCACAGUUUUACAAAUAAAUACGAGGAUCAAAGCAGACAGGUUAACCCCUUCAAGGAGAGCAGUCUCUUGCCAUUUGAGAGUUUCCCACAAAAAAGAUUGCAGCCCUAUAGUUGGGAGAAAAAUAACAUGGAUCUUAGAGAACUGCUUCCUAUUAAAGAAAAAAGGAAAUUGGAGUGGGAGGAGCUCUUGUUGCGGAGAGUAAGUGAAACUAGGAAACCCCAGGAUACCUUUGAUUACUGGAGGGAGAUAAUGGAGAGAAAUCAGUUGAGAAGGUCAUUGAAUCAGGGAGCAAAGGAUAUGUUGACCAUACGGAAUCCCAUAUUUCGUAUAAAAAGAGAGAGAAGCUUUACUUCAACAGGAAAAGAGGUGUCCCGCAUGAUAAAAGAUAAAAGAAUUUGCGCCCCGAGAUCAACUCCGAAAAAGGAAAAUAAAUCUUUGGAAAAUAAAAAAGCUCUUACUACAAAGAGAGCAUAUCGCAACCCAAAUGGUGACAAUGGCAGAUCGAAAGAGAAUAAAAUCGAGUCCAUUUGGAGAAAACAGGAAGAUCCUUUUUCAAAGGAUUUAAUAAAGCAACAGAAAUCUAGAGAAAUAAAUAACAAAUCUGUUGACUAUGUACUGGGAUCUUCAAAGGUAAGGAAAAAUACCAAGCAAACCUAUCCUGAUCCCGAGGAUUACAGAAGAGAAAUAUCUAGAAAUCGACGGUACCAAAGAAAAACUGCCGGAGAAUGUCUUAUGCUUAUAAAGCCCGUUGAAAGUAUUAAGCCAAAGUCUCUACAUAUACCAGCUGAAGGUUUCGACCAGAAAAUCAAACCUAGAAGUUCAUCACCUAAAAGAUGUAUAUCUUCUGAAGGCGGAGAUCAGAUAGCAAAGCAGUAUAUAAAGAUCCAUGAAGAAGGAACCAAACCUAUGGGGCUUAUCAAAGGAAGUGAUGGUACCAAAAUAAUAUUUGAGCCCAGGGUAGCAAAGUCACCGGAAAGAACUUUAAGGAAAAAAAGAUUUCAGUCAAACGAUUUUAAAGAACAACCUAAAAAUAGUAAAAUAGAUAAGAUGGGUUCUCCAGAUCGUAUUUCAAGGCACAAGUCACACGCAACAGCUCCUAAUACUUUGAAGAUACAUUAUGGAAAUCCUAGGAUCAAAAAUAAUAAAUUCCUGGACAAAAGCGGCCAUAUCCGAACUAAAAUAUCCCAUUCAAAGGGGGAAACUACAGAUGUGCAAGUACUUAGUAACAGACGCAAGAGAAAAAGGUCGUGAAGAAAUUUGUAAUACGGCUAUGUUCAUUUAAUCUAUAUAGUGAAUAAUUGUUAUUAAGCAAAACCGUGAAUGAUUCCGGGGCCUGACCGCCUAUUAAAAUUACGUUUGAAGUGUGCACUUGUCUUCGCUAGAAA